UUAUAGGAUAGAGUUGGGCGGGGUUACAGCGCUGUGGUUGCCAUGGUGACCAAUAAACAAACCCAAUAAAACCAGAAAGCUCCGAUAGAAACGCUUUUAGACAUGGAGAAAUGCGACGCUAUUGAUUUCUCGGCUCUGGAAAAGGAGCUGAAACGCGCAGUGGAAGCGGAUCAAAAGUACCAGAGGGAAAACGACGCCAAAUUCCGCGCAAUUCACCAAAAAGUGGCUACUUAUGAAGAAUUCCGAGACAUUGUGCAGGCAUCUCACCUAAAGCCUUUGGAGAAAAAGGACAAGAACACUGCACGGAAUCAGCCCUGGAACCCCGUCAGCACUGUGAAGACCCAAACGAAUCCCACCAACACGGACUCACUGCAGUCGGUACUGUGUGAGUCGCUGCCUCGGAGCGCCUCGGAGUUGAGUCGGGACUGGCGCAGGUUCGAGGGAAGCUCCGAGGAGAAGUAUGCUCUCCUGCUCAGGCUGGGUGGAGAGAACAUCAAGGAGAUGUUCCACACUGAGGUGGGAUUCGGGCUCCUGGGCGAGUUUCUGACGGUCCUGUGUGAGUGUUUGAAGCCUGGGGACGAAGCAGACGUGAUCUCAGUGCUGCAGGGACUCUCACUCACGGGCCGCUUCGGCCUCAACAUGUCUCUGCUCAGUGAAAAGGAGAGAGGUGUGUGCAAGCGUCUCUUCCACAACCUUAUGGAGAAGUGUUCUAGCCUCUUCGGUGCUCCUCGGGUUCCUCAGAGCAAGAAGGAACCAUCUGCAGAGUUUGAGAAACGGACUGAGGAAAACACAGAGCAGGAAGCGGAGAUGAUCAGGGGUUUGAUGGUAAAGUAUGGAGUGGGGAAAAUCUGAAUAGUUUUUAUGCUGAUUAGAUUCAUGGACAAACUUUUAAUAUUAAAAAGAUUUUUAAAA